AUGGGAUCAAAACCAAAUGAAAUUUAUGAAUUAAGUAAAAUAACUAAAAUGGCCGUGUACUAUAGUAGGAACCAAAUUGUUUUUCUAAUAAAAAUUCCACUAGUAAUCGAAUUAGAAUUAACCUUGUUCAAAAUAAUACCUAUUCCACAUAAAUUUGAUUCACAUCAUAGUGUAAUAUUAAAACCCGAAUUCCAGUAUGUAGGAAUAACCAGAAAUAGGAAACAGUUCACAACAUUCACUGAAACUCAAUUGUUGAGCUGUACAGAAACUGAGAUUUUUAUCAUAUGUCCAGAGUUUCAACCCGUACAACAUGAAUCGGUUAGACAACCGUGUGAAGUCUCGUUAUUCAAAAAUCCGGAUGAGUUACCUAGUAACUGUGAGGCAGGAAUUAUAGUAAUUACUAAAAAUAUUUAUCAUAAAUUGAAAUAUGCCAACACAUGGAUUUACACUACUACUAGUGACACAUUGACCAUAACGUGUCAAGGUGAACAAGAACCUUACAUAGUGAAGUUACAAAAUCAAGGGUUAAUUAAUCUAAAACAGGAAUGUAGAGCUUAUGCCAAUGAUAUAGUCUUAAAUCCCACUAGAGAGGUCAAGUCAAAAUAUUAUAUAAAUUUCAUUCCCAAAUUAGGUAUAGGAAGUUUGACAUUAAAAAUCCCACAACUCGAUGCAAUAACAAUACCAAAGUACACACAAAAACAUGAUUUAUUAAAAUUAGAUAAUGUACAUGAGUUAGCUCAUUCAUUGAGUGACAUCCAGUCAAUGAUAGACCAAGAAAUAGAUAGGCAGAGUGGAAAUGCAGAAGAUACUAAAUAUUAUAUGACGUACGUUUUAUUAGGAUUGAUUCUAUUUUUGUUAAUUAUACUAGUAAUACUAUAUGUAAUAUAUCGUUAUACUGAUGUUUUGAAAAGAACCAAUACUAGGAGGACAAUAUCGAUAGGUGAACCAAUUAAUAGGAGUAAAUUUUAUACGCAACAAAUGUAUGAAACAAUGAAUAGGGAUAACCCACAAUCAUACGAAUUACAAAAACCUAUAAUACAAAGUAAGGUAAAUGAAGAUAAAAAUGUAAUUAAGGAAAAUAUUAUGCAAGGUAAUGAAGUAACAAGUACAAGCAAGGUAAAUACAGGUGUUAAGUUGCCAUCGAUAAUAAAUGGUUAA